AUAGGGUUUCUUGACACUGUCGGAACUGUUUCGUGAUCAUACGACUUAGGAGAAACAUCAAACAACAACAACCUCAUUAGAACAAAAACAAUAAUGACUUCGAUUCUUCUCAGAAACAUCUCAUCCCACGCACGCCGUAUUCAUCUCUCUCAUUAUUCCUUAAAAUCUUCAUCACCUUCACUUCUCUCUUUCUUCAAACCCACUUCAUUUUUCUCUUCUCGUGGUGAUUCACCACCACCUCCUAUUUCACAUACCCAUGAGAACAACAAGAAUCAACAACCACCAGAUAUAGAAGUAAUAAGCAACGAAGAGUUGAAGAGGCGUGUUGCGAGGCUUCAAGAAGGCGAGGAGGAAGCAAUACCAGCAGUGUUUGAGGCAGUGUUGCAGAGGUAUUUGGUAGGGAAGCCUAUAGAUGCUGACCAAGAUUUGAUGAGGGAAAUACUAGGUAAAGGGACAGAGUCGAAAGACUCCGACGAGGAAGAUGAGCUAGACUCUGACGAGGAAGAUGAGCUUGGUUCUGACUCUGAUUUGGAGCGAAUGAGUGACUCUGAUUUGGAGGGAAUGAGUGACUCUGAUUUUGAAGAGGAAGAAGAUUUUAAGUUUGAUGCUAAACCAAAGGAGUAGAGCCAAUGAAGAAAAGCCUAACAUGAAGUGAUGAACUAUUGAACUUGCAAUUGCCAAUUGCAGUUGUAGCAUAGAGAGUUUUUACUUUUUAACAAUGUGAUCAUGCAUUCAUGCUAUAUUGUGUCUGUUUUAUGCUUAUAGGUAUAUCAUAUAUUAUUACAAGUGCUAAUUGGUUUAUGUUUAGCAAUGAUGUUAUUCAUAGUACAAAAAAGUUUGAUUUUAUAUAAAAAAUUGUUUGCGUUUA